AUGCUGCGCGGCGUGAACCGAGCGGAUGACGAGACGGACGACGAGGUUUUGGCUGAGCUGAUGCGCGAGGGCGAGAACCGACUGGCGUCCGAGCAGCGCGCGCGGCAGGACAGGCGCGUGCGCGAGUCGCGCUGGCGGAAGUUCAUGGCGGCCGUCAUGUUCCUGAGCCAGGUGUUCGUGGAGCUGGGGAGGCGCGGCCUGCAGUGUCUGCAGCGCAGCGUGCCGCGCUACGUCGCGUUCGUGGACCGGUGGCUGGUGCAGUCGAUCCGCGUGUCGGUGCAUCCCAGGAAGAAGAUGAGCACGCUGCGGUUGCUGCUGGCGCUGGGCCUGGCGUUCGCGCUGCCGUACAUUGUGCUCACUAUUGGGCGCAUGCGGUUCCCAUCGGGCCGAGGAGCUAAAGUAAGCGCGGACGAGCUGGAUGAAGAGAAAAUCCGAUCACAUAUUAUUGUGGACCGCGUGGACACGCCGAUGCCGGGGCGUCGUCAAAUGUUCCUGCGUGAAGGAGGUGACGGGCUGAAGCUGGACAGCACGGAGCUUCGUUGCGAGAACACUGUCCAAGGCGUGAGGCUGCUCACGGAUUCUAUGGGCUAUGUGUGCACGCGGUCGCAGCUGGACAAGGUGAAGGCCGGCUGCUGCAACGAGACCGACGCCAGCCUUCCCCGGAUAAAGCAGUUCACGUGCGACCAGUGCGAUACGAACCCGCCGCACUGCUGCGACGUCUUCGAGCACUGCGUGUCCUGCUGCAUGCACCCCCUCAACGUACGUUUUACUGGCAUCCGGCGAGACUACUUGACGCACGCUGACCCGAACCAUCCGGUCUACAGCGACCCGGCCGAGAUCACCGUGUUCCAGUACUGCCAGUAUCGCUGCCGCACGUCGUCCGCGAGCGUGCAGCACCAGAACUCGUACCGAAGUCACCGCUCGUUCUGCUACGGGAUCCACCGGCCGCUCAAGGUGCUGCCGACCGUCAACAGCGACGGCUUCCACGACGAAUGGAGCGGCGCGUCCCGGGAGGGCGCGCGAGACCACCUCGUGCCGGCGGCGCAGCUCGAGCUGGACCCGUUCUACCGAGAGUACGCCGCCACUGCUGCUGGCGCCGACUGAACGCCGGACAAGGUGGCGUUUCGACAACCCGGACUAAGCCUGCCUCAAGAUCAGGAUCAAGAUCGCGGCGCGCCAGCUUCAAGGUGGCCACGCAGCCAUCGCUGGGGCGUCGUCCGACGACGGUCGUCGACGAACAUGGUUGAAGUUGGCGUA